AUGUCUAUUAAUCGACCGGACCAGAAAGAUUUAAUGAAACGGGUCCCCAAGCCUCUCAUGGAGAAAAGGAGGAGAGAUCGUAUUAACCACAGUUUGGAAACAUUGAGGCUUCUGUUAGUGGAGAACACAUGUAAUGAGAAACUGAAGAAUCCCAAAGUUGAAAAAGCUGAAAUUCUCGAGAGUGCUGUUCAUUUUCUGAAGGCUGGCCAGCGGUCAAAAUCUUUCUCACAUACUACGAAAAGAGGAAAGAAAAAAUAUGAGGAAGAAGAUGAGCUGGAAUCUCCUUGUAAACGUCACCUUAGCUACGAGGAUGGCAUGAGAACAUGCCUGCUCAGGGUCAGAAAUUUCAUUGCUAGCAAGAGCCAAGAGCUAGAGGGAAACAUGCAGGGGACCAUGCAACAAUUUCAAGACCAUUCCAUUCAAGAUCAUUUAGCAUCUGCUCUCCACUUCAGAAAUGAUGGGGCGUCUGUUCCAGGGCAGCAGGCACUUACGUAUGUGGAGUCAACCAGCUCCUGCAUGGCACUGGAUCAGUCCUUAAUUUCUCAAAGAACUGGCAUAUAUGAGACUACCAAGAAGACAGCAUUCAUCUGUAAACAACCUUUGGUAAUAAAUGAUACUGUGUGGAGGCCUUGGCCACAGUAGAAAACAUAUAAUCAAAUAUGAUCCAAAAACCAAUCAGAAUCAGAAUGAAUUUAUCAACAGCUCAUAAUGUUUAUGAGUCAGUUGUCCUUGACUCAUUUGCAUGCAAAAGACUGUGAGAUGUGCAAACGUGCAGCAUAUGUAAAUAUGUGGAUUUUGUACAAUACUGAAAUAUUAAUUUUG